UAUGUAGCGUGUCUGCGCUGUAAAGUUCCCGGAUGUACCAAACAAAAUGGCGGCGCCCAGCUGGAGCUUGCUGAGGUCGAGUGUGAAAGGUCUUCAUCUCUGUUUAAAAACGGCUCAUGGACACAGCUCGAGCUUCAGCUCCCGGCGGUGUGUGUUACAGCACCGAGCUCUUCACCUCAGCACCUCCCGCUUCCUGAACCCCAACAAGACAAAUGCAGCAGAAACUCCAGACCCGGCGAAAAAUCCUCAGGAUAACCGGGAAGAGAAAGCAGAACAAGAAGGCGAGGAAGAUCCCGGACCAGAGUACAUUCCUAAGAGGAAAGCGAAAAACCCGAUGAGGGCAAUCGGAUACGCGUGGAUAAUUGGUUUUCCGUCCGGUAUAAUCGGGUUUAUUCUGGCUAAAAGGCAAGUGGAUAAGAACCGUCUGGAGCAGCUGAGGAUCCGACAGAGGAUGAAGAAAUCGAACGAAGGGGAGUACGAACGUGAACGCUACAGACCAGCAGCGGGGAUGCAGUGACGCUUAGCCACCUGUAACAUGCUUUAUUUUGGAAGCAGUGGAGCCAAGUUAUACACACAACUUGUUAACAUCAGUGACACACUUUUAUUUCUGGAUCACGACUGUAUAUUUUAGAGUUUCUGCACUUUUUGACCAAUUAAGGUAAAUUUUCAAAUGGUAAAAUCUCUAAAAUUGCUGAAUUCCUGAAGAAAAAAAAAAAAAUAUAUAUAUAGCUCAGGUUCUGCAGAGAAGUUUAUGGGUAGUUGGAGCAAUACCGCCACCUACUGCACUGGAGGCGAUGUGGUGCAACCUCAGUCUACGGCUGCAGGAAAAUGAUGAUCGCUUUGUACGGAACAUGACAUUUAAAAAUAAAGAAUGCAUGUUACACAACA